UUUUGCCAUUCUGUUUUUACCCAGCUGGCACUUGAAACAGCUCAUCUUUCUCUCCUUCCAGCCAGCUUAAGAGAUAUUCUUACAGUUUCUGUUUCCCUUCCUCCAGCAGCAAGAAAUCAGGCAGCAGCAAUGAACUACCUGGAUGAAGUUCCCUUCCGGACAGCCAUGAGCCUCAGUGGGGACUCAGAGGGAGAAAUCCCUUUAGUCACUGCCCCGGACAUUGAGCUCCCUGACUGCACCGACAUCCUCAUGAGCACCAUGCACGACUUCUCUCUGGAAAGGAAGGUGCUGUACUGGGUGGAGGUGGCCUCUCAGCAGCAGACCUCCCGCCAUCGAGUCACCUCCGAAGUCGUCCCCACGGCUCCCCCGUGCUGGCUGCUGCUGGUGGACCCUGCCGACAGCUGCGGGGGGCCGGGUCGGGACGGGGCAGUGCGGCGCUCCAUCAGCCUGAGCGCUGCCGACAGCUCCUACGGGCACGCCAGGGGCUGGGCGGUCCUGUCUGACACCGAGAGUGACACCUGGCACUCAGAGGAGGGGGAGUACUCGGAUGAUGAGUACUCCUCCACCUCUUGGGAAGAGAAUGACAAGGACGAAUCACACCUCUCCAGGAGGAGAAGCUCUGCAAGAAGUGUGUCUUCACGCCCCGGCUUUUACCAGACCCGACCAAAGACGUCACCCGGCUUGCUGGAGCCCUCGCCAGAGAACAAUGUCCACAGCCCAGCCAGCCCAGACCCCAGCAAGCAGAGAAGAUCCAUGGUGAUAUUUAACAACAUGAAGAACGAGCUGGAAGCCGCCAGGAGGAAGUUGGCUGCUUUGGUGCAUCCUUUGAACAGAGCUGCCACAGGGAACAGGGGUAUCGUGGUGCCACGGCUGCUGCCCCAGUGCCCCAGCACCAACGGCAGCAUCAAGUACAGGCCAGAUCCAGACGUGUCCCAGCAGGGGACUGCUGUGCCAACUCCUCCAGCCACAGCCACGCCAAUCCCUCCCAUCAAGCAGCACAAGCCCACAGUACCGUCCCUCAGCCCCUACACUUGCCUCCCCCCUGCCUCCACGCCUGGACGACCUCUCAGCUGCCACAGAUCCCAGCCAGAUUCCUCGGCUGACCUGCUCUCUGCACUGAGCCAAGAGGAGAGAGAUCUCAUCGAGCCCGUCAUAGCCCUGGGCUACCCCACCCAGAAAGCCAUCCUCACCCUCCAGAAGACAGGAAGGCAAAGUUUAAGUCAGUUCCUGAGCUACCUGGGUGCCUGUGAUCGGCUGCUGAAGCAGGGCUAUGAGGAAGGGCAGGUGGAGGAAGCCAUGGAAAUGUUCCAGUACUCAGAGAAAAAGGCAGCUGAAUUCUUGCAUCUGUUGGCUCAGUUUAAUGAUAUGGGCUUCCAGCAAAAUGAAAUCAAAGAAGUUCUUUUGCUUUGUGGGAAUCAGAGGGAGAGGGCGCUGGAAGAGCUUGUAAUGAAAACCCACUGAGCAGCAUCCUGGAGCAGUCAGAGUUUCCCCUCUCCACACCAGACCAGAAGGACUCAGGUGAUUGUGCUGCUCCAUCCCCACCCCUGGAAGCACCAGACACACACUUCAAAGCUCUGCCUUGGAGUCUCAUUUUAUGGACAUCGAUCAUAAGAGUGUUUGUCAUGCAGGCACUGACUGCAUAGCAGGAAUGUUUAUCUCCUCAUCCACACAUCCCCACCCUUGAUCAUCUCAGCUAUUCAGAUUAGAGGAGGGAAGAUCCAAAUUGCCUUUGGCUUAGAUUUUUGCAAAAACCAAACCAAACCAGUGUUCUCCCUCCACCUGGGGUGAUGGGUGUAGGUUUUCAGCUACAAUCAAGUGGGGAUUCUUAAAAGAUUAUAUAAAUCAACAGAAUAAAUUGUUUUCCUAAAGGCUUCUGCAGGAACAUGUGUUGGUCCUGGCUUGGGAAGAGUCUCAGCUGACUUAGUCAAUUGAAAUUCACUUUGAUCGCAUUAGCUUCUCCUUUAAAACCAGACAUGUGAGGAAAAUACACAGUUCCAUGUGGAUAAAGAAAGAAAACAAGCUGCCCUUGCUCUGAAAUACAUGAGGUUUAUCCAGUGCAAUGAAAAAUGGUGGAGGCAAAGGUUUGUCCUCAGGCAACUUCAUGAGAUCAGAACAGAGAGAUGGGGAACUGCUCACUGCCCUCAUGCUCUGCCCAAAUCAGGAAAAUUCAGGGGAUGCAUCCCUAAACUGUGAAGACAGUGGUUCCAAAUGAAGUGAAGCAUGAAUAUCAGCAUCAGGAACAUCUGUAUGCCCAAGGGAAUUUCUGUAUGUAACUGAAGGACAGAGAAUGGGAGAUUCAGAUCACUGUACAGGAUGUGUGUCUUGGCUUGGCAGUGGAACAGUGGACAGUGUUUUCACAUAAAGUAUGUUAUUUUCCUGUGAAUUAGAAACAGAUGUAAUUUCUUUGAGUAAAGAUGCUUGGGGGGUUCUUCUGCAACGUUUGUCUUUUUCUGUCAGGAUGCCAACUGGCACAACCCAGCAGAGAAAAUCCUUAGUUGUAUUAGUACCAUUUUCCAUUGUACCCUUCCAAACAAUCUCCCAGCACAAUGUGCUGGCAUCAAGGUAAAACACUCUGUCCAUUCUCCCUGGAUCUCCAGGUGGGUGCCAGACAACAACAGGAAGGUACAGCUCUCCAUGGCUGCAUUGAUUCUUGCCUGGAUGCAACAGGGAAAAUUGGCAUCCAGGUGUUGGGGGAGUUGACCUAUCCAUCCCCAAGGAUGCUUUAUUCCUGCUCUUCUUUAAUGGCAUUGAAACGGAAAAUGUGGCACCCUGUAUGUCCUAGGGAGAUAUUCCUGGGGAGCUCACAGGCUCUUUUUGGAGCUCCCAGCUCUGUUUUUCCUCCUGCUUUCCCUUGGUUAUACAAGCUUUUAUUUUUGAUACGGCCCAUAUAAGGCGAGUCCAUCUACAGACAGCUUUUCCUUACAUUCCCCCUUGCCAAGAUGAUGUCACCUUAAAAACGAGACUUACAGAAGGUUAAGCUGUGAUUAGGCAGAUCGUGUCGCCUCCAAAUGUGAUCUUCGGCGGAGCGAACACCGUGCGGAUGGAAAGGGGAAGAUAAGGGUGCUGUGCUGCUGCCAGUGGUGCUGAAUUCUGGUGGAGCAAAGCACACUGGC